CGUACCCUUCUUCUUCUGUUACCUCUUUUUAUUAUUACUAUCGAGUCUUUUCCUUUGCCAUAUCCUCACAGGAAACAUACAUAGUCCGAUGAUGAACGGUUCGGUUGCGACUGAGAACGGUGGCGAGGGAUCGUCUCUGAUAUUCCUGGGAACGGGAUGUUCCAGCGCGGUCCCUAACGCAAUGUGUUUGAUCCAGAAAUCAGAUCCUCCCUGCUACGUCUGCUCGCAGUCUCUCUCGAUCCCGCCAGAGAGAAACCCUAAUUACAGGGGAAACACUUCACUUCUAAUUGAUUAUUGCCAAAGUGAUGGCAAACAUAAAUACAUUCAAAUCGACGUUGGCAAGACGUUCAGAGAACAAGUCCUUCGUUGGUUCACUCUUCACAAUAUUCCACAAGUUGAUUCUAUCAUUUUAACCCAUGAGCAUGCUGAUGCAGUACUUGGCCUGGAUGAUAUACGCUCCGUGCAACCAUUUAGUCCUACCAAUGAUAUAGAUCCUACUCCAAUUUUCGUAAGCCAAUUUGCUAUGGACAGUCUUGCUGUGAAGUUCCCGUAUCUGGUUCAGAAGAAACUUAAAGAAGGCCAAGAAGUUAGGCGGGUUACACAGCUGGACUGGAGACUAAUCGAAGAAGAUUGUGAGAAGCCAUUUGUAGCUUCAGACUUAUCAUUCACGCCACUUCCAGUGAUGCAUGGAGAAGACUAUGUCUGCCUUGGUUUUCUUUUUGGAGAAAAAUCAAGAGUGGCGUAUAUAUCUGAUGUAUCACGCUUUCCACCAAGCACUGAGUAUGUCAUAUCAAAAUCUGGUGGUGGACAAUUGGAUCUCCUUAUCUUGGAUACAUUAUAUAAGACAGGAUCCCACAACACCCACUUAUGUUUCCCGCAGACACUAGAGACGAUCAAAAGACUGUGUCCAAAAAGGGCUCUUCUAAUUGGAAUGACUCACGAGUUUGAUCACCACAAGGACAAUGAGUUUCUUGAUGAAUGGUCUAAAAGGGAAGGGAUCUCGGUAAAACUUGCGCAUGAUGGCUUGAGAGUCCCUAUCGACCUAUGAAGAAGAGGUAACAAAACCAUUACUUGGCCUUCUCAUUAAAUCUCUUUAGGUUGAGCAUCAAAAUCAGAAGAUGAGGAUACAAAGAGAGACGGAAAUGAGAAAACGGCUUUCUUCAAGAUGCACUAAAACCUUCUUUUUUUGUUAAUUGUUGUUGUUUUAACCUUUAAUCUUAA